AUGGGGGAGAAGGUUUCGUGGUACUGCGCGGCGACGGUGCUGCUUCUGUGGUGCUUUGCAGGCGGAUGGGGUACGACUGAGAGUUCGGCGGACGGCGGCGAGCAGAUGAUGAUGAUUGGGAGAGUUGUGGUGCCGCCGUUUGAGAGGCGGUGCGAGGAGAUCUACGUUGUACGCGAGGGGGAGACGUUGCAGACAAUAAGCGAGAAGUGCGGAGACCCUUUCAUUGUGGAAGAGAAUCCUCACAUUAAUGAUCCUGAUGAUGUUUUCCCUGGCUUAGUUAUCAAGAUUACACCCUUCAUUUAUACCUAG